CUACUUUAAAAACGGUUUGAAUUCGCUAUAAAGAUUCUCUGUCAACGACAACCCACAAUUUGAGACACAAGCAGGUUAUUUGUCAACUUAAAUCGGUGUUCAUAUCGACGUCCCUUCAAAAUGGCGGGCUUUUUAAGUGUGACCUGUAGUAUACAUCCUCCUCGUGGAUCAAGAGUGAACCGUCUCUCAGGAAUAUGUCGUUGGCAGGCAAGAGUCGAUGGGGAUGAGUUUGGAAAGUAUAAAAUGCAACGAUCAAUUCCAUUGCUGUUUCAAAACAACUGGGGCGAAGAAAGACACGUCGAAUACCAUGGAAAACCCAACCGAAAGCAACCAAGUCACUAUGAUUGCGGCCCAAGCUGCAGCUCGAGCCCAUCUCAAGGCGAUAGAACAUGACAGACAUUCAAGGGAAGAAAGUCUCAAGCGCUCUCAGCUUAUGCUGGCAAAUGGGAGUGAAAAUAACGAUGGAGAAUUGAUUGAAGAGCAACCUACAGUAGUAGUGCCCAAGCAUUUAUUAGGUGUACCUCUAAGGGAUCGUGACUGUGGUGAGCAGGAAGCCCCGACAUUUCUGGUAAUAGCUAAAAAAUUUGGCAAAGACUGUGUUUACCGGUUUCACGCAUCCAAGUCCCUGUACAUAUUCAGCCCUAGGAAUCGACUUAGAAGAUUUGUAAUUUUUCUAAUAACACAUCAAUAUUUUGAACUUAUUAUUCUACUAACAAUUUUAACAAAUUGUGUUUUUCUUGCAAUAAAUGAUCCUCCCGAGGAACCAGAAUUCGUCUUCGCGGCAAUCUACACAGCCGAGAUGCUCCUUAAAAUUGUCGGCAGAGGGUUUGCCCUGCAUCAGUACGCCUAUCUUAGGAAUGCCUGGAAUUGGCUGGACUUUUCGGUAGUAGUAUUAGGUUAUAUAACAAUGUUACCUGGCGUAGCAAAUCUAUCAGGAAUACGAACGUUUAGGGUUUUACGAGCGUUACGUACAAUAUCAGCCGUUAAAGGGCUGAAAGCAAUGGUGAACACACUGCUCAAGUCCAUCAUGAUGUUAUCAGAUGUGCUCAUUUUAACCACCUUCUUCCUCUGUGUCUUUGCUUUAAUCGGCUUACAAUUCUUCGCGGGGAUUAUGACGAAUAAAUGUGUUAAGAAUGGCUGGCCAGCGCCACCAGAUCUUUAUAGUCAAUAUAUCACUAACAAAACAAAUCAUUACAUCUUCAAGGGAGAUAAUUUAGCAGUAAUAUGUGGCAACUCGUCUGAUGCCUUGAACUGCCCCGUAAACUAUACGUGUUUACCCGACACGGGUCCAAAUCCUAUAUCUAAAUUUAUUAGCUACGAACACUUUGGAUGGGCGCUACUAACAUCUGUUCAGCUUGUCACAAUGGACUUCUGGGAGAGUAUCUAUAAUAGUGUUAUAGCUGCUAAAGGACCCUUGUACAUCUUUUAUUUCUUAUUUGUAAUAUUUCUUGGUCCGUUUUAUUUGAUCAAUUUGGUUCUGGCCGUUGUAUCGCUUUCCUACGAACAAGAAACAGCAGCCAUGCAAGACGAGGAACUAAAAGCCACGGCGUUUGCCAAGCUAAAACGAUCAGCAUCUUCUUACGCCUUCGAUGGGAAAUCUGAAAUUGAACCCAUGUACGAAGAAGACAUUUUACCCUCCCUCCCACCGGAGGAAACUGUCAGUGAACAUUUUACAGUGGAAAGCAGUAGCCACAAUGUUAUUGAUGAGGAUCCAGAGAAUCCUACCGAGCCGAGCAUAUGGCAGAAAAUUCGAAAAGUUGUGAAAGCACUAGUGUGUAAUUCUAUAUUUGAGACUUUCAUUACUCUGUGUAUCCUAUUUAAUACAUUAGCGAUGGCCCUAGAACAUCAUGAAAUGGACGAAUCCUUUGCAAAAGUCCUUGAAGUGUUCAAUUAUAUCUUCACUACAGUGUUCUUCCUCGAAAUGGCGCUUAAGCUCAUAGCAUUUGGUUUGAAAGAAUAUUGCAAAAACAGAUGGAAUCUUUUCGAUGGAACCAUUGUGAUUCUAAGCUUGGUGGACAUGUUGCUCACUCACACUGGUGCUAUUUCUGGUGCUGGGCUUAGUGUCUUGCGAACUUUUAGAUUGCUUCGUGUUUUAAAACUGGCCCAGUCGUGGAAAACAAUGGGUGCCUUGCUAAAUACUAUAGGCAAGAGUGUGGGUGCWGUUGGUAACAUCAUUGUUAUUUUGGGUAUCAUCGUAUACAUGUUUGCUGUCGUAGGAAUGCAAAUGUUCCGGACGAGCUACACUCCAGAUAAAUUCGACGGCGAUCGAAGGAGAUGGAAUUUCGAAGACUUCGGGCAUUCGUUUAUGAUGAUAUUUAGAAUUUUGUGCGGGAAGUGGAUUGAACCACUGUGGGAUACAAUGAGCGCCACCGACGCAUCCGCCGUGCUAUUUGUUCUUCCUGCUUUCGUUAUUGGUAACUUCGUUAUUUUGAAUCUAUUUCUUGCUUUGCUUCUCAAUUCGUUCGGUGGUGACUUGGGAAGUGACGAAGAAACCGAAGAAGAUAAGCAAAAGAAAGAAGAGGAAGAAGCACAGAGAGAAAGGAAGAAGAAAGAGAAGAGAUUUGCUAAGUUAAGUCGCCUCUUGGGGAGGAAAUCUGUGUCUGGUAGUAGAAGUAAGGUUGGACCAGAUGAGGAAGAGGAGAAUGAGAAUAGCGAGAUGUUACGCGCUGAAGAUGGAGACGAAAAUGACAACAAAAAAGAAAGAGCAAACAACCUGCACAAGACCAAGAGCAAUGAUAGUAUCAAUAACGAAAAUGGAAUUGAAAUGAAGGUUAUCAGCAAGGCUUCACUAGAGGAAGAAAACCAACCAAUCAAUAAAUCCAAAUCCAUGGAGAACGAAAACUGUAAAUCCCUGACGACAAUCAUCGACGUUGAUAGAGCAGCUCAGAGAAUACGAGAACAACCAGACCCGAGCACCAAAACAACCGACGAACAAAAUGAGUCCAAUGAACAGAACCUUAGCAAUGGCGACCUCGUGGCUAAUGGUUCCGCCCCUAUCGUGCCUAACGGUAAAUCACGCUUAUCGGCUGGCUCCGAUCGGUCACGCAAGGAUGUAAGCCUGGGUGACAUUGACUCACGCAUUCCAUCAGGUAGUCCCAAUCACGAUCCCAAGCGUGACACCAUCGUGACAGUUGAUACAGAAAUAGUGGAAGGAGAGAGCAGAGUCCGUGACUGUUGUCCAUCGUUCUGUUACUGCGAGAGUGUUUGUUGUGUUAGCUACAAAGAGUCAUUCAUUCGACGGGGAUGGCAUGGCCUGCGUCAACACGUUCUCAACUUCGUAGAGCACAAGUAUUUUGAGCUGUUUAUUUUAGUCAUGAUUGGAGUCAGCAGUUUGACCUUGGCCUUCGAAGAUAUUCAUAUCGACAAGAAACCUAUCCUUAAAGGGAUCCUCGACUUCCUAAACUACACUUUUGCCGUCACGUUUUGCGUGGAAAUGUUGUUAAAGCUGCUGGCUUUUGGUAUUGUCGGUUACUUCACCAACCUGUGGAACUGUCUGGAUUCCUUCAUUGUGGCGAUAUCUUUAGCAAGCAUUAGUGGGAACGAAAACUUGAACGCGUUUCGAUCUCUUCGUGCCUUACGGCCACUGAGAGCCAUCUCACGAUUUGAAGGAAUGAAGAUCGUCGUCAAUUCCCUAGUCCAUGCCGUCCCAGCCAUUUCGAACGUCUUACUCGUCUGUAUGAUCUUCUGGCUCAUCUUUGCUAUCAUUGGCUUUCAACUGUUUGGUGGAAAGUUUUUCAAGUGUUACGACAAAGACAACAAUCGAUAUGAAACGUCGGUCGUAAAAACCAAGGAGGACUGCCUGAACCGAACGGCCGAGGGAGCACGGUGGGUAAAUUCCAAAGUGAAUUUUGACAGCUCGUUUAAUGGCUUCCUGGCUCUCUUCCAAGUGGCGACUCUUGAGGGCGUAUUCGAAAUUAUUCACGAUUCUGUGGAUUCUGUAGCGGUUAAUGCUCAGCCGGAGAGAGAAGCAAGCUUUGCGGCAUAUUUCUACUUUGUCAUCUUCAUCAUUAUGGGAGCUUUUUUCUUUCUUAACCUCUUCAUUGGUGUCAUCAUCGACAACUUCAACCGACUGAAACAAGAGUACGAAGACAGCGGCUCACUGGGAUUUCUUCUAACACCAAGCCAACGUAGUUGGGUCAACACGAUCAAGAAGACGUACAACCGCAGGCCAAAGAAACAGCCAAAAAGACCUACUUCGAAGUGGCGUGGUUGGAUCUUCGACCUGAUUCACCAGAAGAAGUUCGAAGUGUUUAUCAUGUCUGUCAUCAUGCUCAAUAUGAUUUCCAUGAUGAUGCAGCAUCAUAACCAGAGCCAGGGCUUCACCAAUGCUUUAAGAUAUUCCAACUAUGUGUUUACUGGGAUUUUCAUCGUGGAAGCCAUCAUCCGACUGACAGCUCUGAAGUUCGACUACUUCAAGCAGGCGUGGAACUUAUUCGAUUUUGUCAUCGUCAUCUUCUCGAUAGUGGGCAUCAUCCUCGAUGACGUUCUUAUGAUAAAAAUGGACUUUUCACCGGGUCUUCUCCGUGUUGUACGUGUGUUCCGUAUAGGUAGAUUACUACGAUUCUUCGAAGGCGCCAAGGGAGUGCGACGUCUAUUAUUCGCUUUGGUCAAAUCACUACCGGGCUUGGUGAAUAUCGCCACGUUAUUAUUUCUUAUCAUCUUUAUCUAUGCUAUCAUUGGCAUGUCUUCAUUUGCCUACGUGAAAAAGACCAACGGGAUAACAGAUGUUGUCAAUUUUGAAACUUUUGGGAACUCUAUGUUGUUACUAUUUCGUAUUGGCACUGCUGCGGGUUGGAAUACCAUCUUAGAUCCGAUGAUGGUCACCUAUCCGGACUGUGACCCCAACAAGGACCCGCCCGGUUCAAAUAUGGGAGGCAACUGCGGGAACCCUGUGUUGGCAGUCAUCUAUUUCGUCAGCUACAUUUUACUUAUCUUUCUUAUUAUCGUGAACAUGUAUAUAGCUGUUAUCUUGGAGAACUUUAACGAGGCACAGUCGCAAGAGGAGAUUGGAAUAACAGAUGAUGAUCUUGAGACGUUUAUCUGCGUGUGGGAGAAAUAUGAUCCCAAAGCUACGCAUUUCAUCUAUUACUAUCAACUUAGUGACUUCCUAGACGAGUUGGAUGAGCCAAUGCGAAUUCCAAAGCCAAAUAGAGACAAAUUAGGCUCGCUGAACGUUCCACUUAAAGCUAAUAAUAGAAUAUAUUGCAUUGAUCUAAUGCAAUCGUUAAUAAGAAGAGUUAUAGGAGAUAUGGAAGGAAUCGAGAUGGAGGAAAUGGAUGAGAUGAUGAAUAGGUUACGAGACAAGUUCACUUCAAAAUCCAAUAAGAACGAGGAAACUGUUCGUUUCAUAAAUGAUUAUUAUGAUCACGAGAAUCAAAUGGCAAUAAUCAUUCAAAAAGCGUACAGGAUUCAUUUGUUAAAGAGAAAAAUAAGGGAACAUUGCCACACCAAGUUCCACAAGUAUGAUCGUUUGGUUGACAAGGACGGCAAGGAUGCGAAACACAGUUCAUGGAAGGAAAAACAACUACACCAUAGACCGGAGGGCACUGCGAGUAUGGAAACUGUUAUAGGAAUGCUAUGGUAUAAUCAGGGAAAGCGACACGACUCUGCUAGAAUCGAAACUACGUCGGAAGCCAAGGGCAAAAGCGGCGAAAUCCCUGUGCCAGAUAAAGACGAGGAGACGCAGACGGAAGAUCCAGACACCGAAAUCAAACCAAAACAAGGAUCUGACUCAAAACGAAAUUCCAACAUUUCCAACUGUUGAGCCCGCUAUCAAUAACUCUCUUAUCAGCGUAUUUCUGCACUUUACGCAAGUGCAGGAUAUCGUGCCUGGCGUUCUACCAGUAAACAGUGUGAAUGACAUGGACAUUUUCUCAGGGACAAACGAACGAACGAAUUAAAAGUUGGGCCAGCAUUCUGGGCCAUUGACGAGAAUUUGUCGGCUUCCGGUAACUCUUAUGAUGAAGAAACGUUACGUCAUAUUAUUGCGUCGAUAAACAACAGAGAAUUAAGAAAUCACAUUUACAGCUUAUUGUCUGCAUUUGCUUCCUCCUCUUCAAGCUCUUCAAGUCUCAGAUAAAAUUUUAAAUGAAAUUUAUUGACUUUUACAUAGUACUCGGUGGAUGGUACGUUUGAAAUGAACGAUGCACAAAUGCAGAGAAUGCGCCCGCACAUAAACCUUCAAUGUUAAAGUGUGUAAAUACUGAAAAUUUAGUCCCGUAGUUGGAUGCGUUUGUGGAUAUUACCGGAGUGCUUACUUAUUUCGUUUCUCCUCAAUUAUUACUUAACUAUGCGUUGGACUUCAACUAACUUGGUCAGUCUUGUCGACAUAAAAGGGCUGAUUUCUGAGGUGUAUUGACCAACAAGCAAGCUAAAUGGACCAUCCCAUGGUCUGCACAUUUCUGCUUUAGAUACUGGUGGAGGAAGUGCUAAACAAACCAGUAUCUUUGCCAUGAAACGAAGAAGCAAAAUGGUUUGUUGACUGGAGUUAAAAACUACGUUAAAAUAUCCUGCAAUAUGAAACCAAACCUUAAAUUAUUAGAUUUUCGUCGAUUACAAUGGUUUCAACAAACAAUGUGUUACAUUUCUAAAGUCUUGGCCAUGGCACAAUUGAGCUGAUCUAUCCCAGAUAUUCAUCGAUAUGGCGCGCUUUUUUGUUAUUUUUACCACUAGACUCUAGAAGAGAGCUACUGUUUGCACCUCAUCUUAUUUUACUGUGCGCCAGUCUUGAAUAAGAACACGCAAUGAAAUAAUCUAACGACAGCUAUGGCUGUAAAAUUCUGAAAUAUGUAACGCCUUUAGAUUUACGUGAAUGUAAGACAUUGUCCGCUGGGAGCAAUAGUAGGAAUGAGUUCCUGCUUCUAGUGCUAUAGUUCAUAAUUUCACGUAAACACUGCUCAGUUUGUCUUUAAAUUCCAAUUCAGAAAAUAGGCAGAAAAAAAUGGAAUUAUUCUCAUUUUCAGAAAAAUAUCAGCUUCCGAGCUUCUUGGCUUCAUAUUUUUCUUUGCGCCGGAUGAAUUCAACAAUUUAGAUACAAUUUAGAAUUAUCUUUAUUAUACUAAGACUACAAUUAAGCUAAUGUGUUUAUUGAAUCCCAAAAAAUUUUGAUACGUCGAAUGAUUCACGUCUAAUUCAAACGCGGUAUUCCUGUGGUAUGGGAUGAGUAACCCAAAUACGGUAGGAAUUCUGCGUAUGAAAAAAUGGACGUCUGCAAUAAUCAUUAACAAAAACUUACCUUCUGAUAUACCGUUGAUUGUUACAACACUAAGUGUCAGAAAUUUCAAAUAUAUUUGCCGUCAAGAGUUGGUUUGUGGCGCGUAUCAAACCACCAAUGAUAACUUCUUAUUGCCUAAAUAUUACACCAGAUAUAUUUCAAAUUUCUUUUGCUGUAGAAUAGAUUAUAAAAGCGUAUAAAAGUCUUUUGUCCCUACACCUUCCUAUAUUUGUUAAAUUUGAUAUUUAUUUUUCAUUGGAUUCUAAAAUCAUUUUUUAGAUGUUAAUAUUUUUUACUUCUCUUGCAAUGUGAAUUCUCUAGAAACGCCUGGCUUACCCAUAACGCACUGGGCGCUAGGUGUUAAUUAACCCAUAAUGCACUGGUGCCAUUCUACCCAUAGUGCGAUGAGCGCUUGGUAGACUGUUUCGCUAGCUGUUUUUUUUAGUCAAUCCUAUAAGAGUUAUCGGAGAGAUAUUAAGCGUUCUGCCUUUUUGGUCUUUUAAUAACGUUUUAUACUGAUUUUGAAUUUUUUAUUAAUAUUGAACAGACAUUGUUUUGAAGGUGUAAAAUCGUAUAUUAAACACUUUCGCUUCUAAGUAUAACAA